CAUCAGCUCUGUACUCGGGAGCCGGCGUGGGUUUUCGUCUGUUCUGCUGAGUUUCUUGGACGCUUGAAAGGUCCUUCUGAGGCGACCAAAAUGACGGAACGAAAAGGCACCGCCAAGCUAGAUUUCCUCCGAAAAAUUGAAGAAGAAAUCCAACAAAAAUGGCAGAAGGAAAGAGUUUUUGAAAAGGAUGCACCUAGUACUAUUGGGGAAAGCAAAAAUAAGAACAAGUACUUUGUCACCUUCCCCUACCCUUACAUGAAUGGAAGACUUCAUCUUGGGCACACUUUUUGCCUGUCAAAAUGUGAGUUUGCAGUUGGAUACCAGCGUUUGAAAGGGAAGCAAUGUCUCUUUCCUUUUGGGCUGCACUGCACAGGAAUGCCUAUCAAAGCCUGCGCAGACAAGCUGAAAAGAGAGAUGGAGCUGUACGGCAACCCGCCCCAGUUUCCAGACGAGGAAGAGGAGGAGGAGGAAGAGCUCAAGCCGAAACAGGGGGAGGAGGUCAUCAUUAAGGACAAGUCCAAGGGCAAGAAGAGCAAAGCCGUAGCCAAAGCCGGAGGGGCGAAGUUCCAGUGGGACAUCAUGAAGUCACUGGGCCUGCGAGAUGAAGAGAUCACCAAGUUUGCCGACGCUGCCCAUUGGCUGGAUUACUUCCCUCCCCUGGCCGUUCAGGACCUACAGAGCAUGGGAGUCAAGGUGGACUGGCGACGUUCUUUCAUCACGACCGAUGUCAACCCCUUCUAUGACUCCUUUGUGAGGUGGCAGUUUGUCACUUUGAAGGAGAGGAAGAAGAUCAAAUUUGGUAAAAGGUAUACCAUUUACUCACCAAAGGAUGGGCAGCCAUGUAUGGAUCAUGACAGACAGACAGGGGAGGGAGUUGGCCCACAGGAAUAUACUCUAAUUAAAAUGAAGAUUGUUGAACCCUACCCCUCAAAACUAAGUGGCCUUAAGGGUAAGAACAUCUUCUUGGUAGCAGCGACCCUCAGGCCGGAGACAAUGUUCGGCCAGACCAACUGCUGGGUCAGGCCGGACAUGAAGUACGUCGUCUUCGAGACGUCUGGCGGUGAGGCCUUUAUCUGCACGCGGCGGUCAGCGAGGAAUAUGUCGUACCAGGGCUUCACCAAGGAGAAUGGCGUGGUCCCAGUGAUCAUGGAGAUCCUCGGACAGGACAUUCUUGGAUGUGCUCUAAGCGCCCCCCUUACCUCCUAUAAGACCAUCUAUGCUCUGCCCAUGCUCACCAUCAAGGAAGACAAAGGUACUGGCAUUGUCACCAGUGUUCCGUCUGAUGCCCCUGAUGACAUCGCUGCCUUGAGGGACAUUAAAAAGAAACAGGCAUUGAGGGAGAAAUACGGGAUCGAAGACAAGAUGGUCCUGCCGUUUGAACCGGUGCCCAUCAUCGAGAUCCCGGGCUAUGGGAACCUGUCUGCACCCCUGGUGUGCGACGAGCUGAAGAUCCAGAGCCAGAACGACCGUGACAAGCUGGCCGAGGCCAAAGAGAAGGUCUACCUCAAGGGCUUCUAUGAAGGAAUAAUGCUGGUGGAUGGCUAUAAGGGGCAGAAGGUCCAGGAUGUGAAGAAGCCCAUUCAGAAGAUGAUGGUGGAGAAGGGUGAGGCCCUCAUCUACAUGGAGCCGGAGAAGCAGGUGAUGUCACGCUCUGGAGAUGAGUGUGUGGUGGCACUCUGUGACCAGUGGUACUUGGAUUACGGAGACCCUGAGUGGAAGCAGCAGGCCACGGAUGUCCUGAAUAAGAUGGAGACGUACGGAGAUGAGACGAGGAAGAACUUUGAAGCGACCCUGGCCUGGCUGCAAGAACACGCAUGCUCUCGGACCUAUGGGCUGGGGACGCGGUUGCCAUGGGACCAGCAGUGGCUGAUCGAGUCGUUGUCAGACUCCACCAUUUACAUGGCCUACUACACAGUGGCCCACUUCCUUCAGGGUGGAGUUUUGAAUGGACAGGGACCCUCACCGCUGGGCAUCAAACCGGAGCAGAUGACCAGGGAAGUAUGGGAUUACAUCUUCCUGAAGAACUCGCCCCUCCCCAAGACCAGCAUCCCCGCGGAGCACCUGCAGAAACUGCGGCGUGAGUUUGAGUACUGGUAUCCCGUGGACGUGCGCGUUUCCGGGAAGGACCUGGUGCCCAACCACCUGUCCUACUACCUGUACAACCAUGUGGCCAUGUGGCCGGAGGACAGUGGGAAAUGGCCACAGGCAGUCAGAGCCAAUGGGCAUCUGCUGUUGAAUUCAGAGAAGAUGUCCAAGUCCACCGGUAACUUCCUCACCUUGAGUCAGGCGGUCAGCAAAUUUUCCGCUGACGGAAUGCGCCUCGCGCUGGCGGACGCCGGGGACACGGUGGAGGACGCCAACUUCGUGGAGGCCAUGGCUGACGCGGGCAUUUUGCGCCUCUACACCUGGGUGGAGUGGGUGAAGGAGAUGAUCGCCAAUCAGAACAACCUAAGGACAGGGCCCGCCGACACUUUCAAUGACAGAGUCUUUGCGAGUGAAAUGAAUGCUGGGAUCCUGAAGACCGAGCAGCAUUAUGAGAAAAUGAUGUACAAGGAGGCCCUGAAGACUGGCUUUUUCGAAUUCCAGGCGGCGAAGGAUAAGUACCGGGAGCUGGCGAUAGAAGGCAUGCACAGGGACCUGGUCUUCCGCUUCAUCGAGAACCAGACCCUGCUCCUCGCGCCCAUCUGCCCUCACCUGUGCGAGCACACCUGGAUGCUGAUGGGAAAGAGCGGCUCUCUGAUGAAGGCUUCCUGGCCCACGGCCGGGCCGGUGGAUGAGAUCCUCAUCCGCUCCUCCCAGUACCUCAUGGAGACGGCCCACGACCUGCGGCUUCGCAUCAAGGCCUACAUGCAGCCGCCCAAGAGCAAGAAAGGAGACACCAAAGCUCCCGAGAAGCCCACUCACUGCACCGUCUAUGUGGCUAAGAGCUACCCUCCCUGGCAGCACAGUGCCCUGGCCCUGCUGGGGAAGCACUACAAGAGCAACAACGGGAGUCUGCCGGAGAACAAGGUCAUUGCUGCAGAGCUGAACGCCAUGCCGGAGCUGAAGAAGUACAUGAAGAGGGUGAUGCCUUUCGUAGCCAUGAUCAAGGAAAACCUGGAGAAGAACGGACCAAGGGUCCUGGACCUGGAGCUGGAGUUUGACGAGCGAGCUGUUCUGCUGGAGAACAUCGUUUAUUUGACCAACGCCCUGGAGCUGGAUCAGAUAGACGUGAUGUUCGCGUCGGAGGCAGACGACAAAAUAAAGGAGGACUGUUGCCCGGGGAAACCGUUCAGCGUCUUCAGAUCGGAGCCCGGAGUCCCAGUGUCGUUCGUCAACCCCCAGCCUGCCAACGGGCUCUUCACCACCAAGAUUGAUAUCCGCCAGGGGGACAGCAAAGACAGCAUCGUCCGAAGACUGUCCAAAGUGAACCGGGUGAUCAAAGACCUGUCCAAAGUGAAGCUGAUGAGGUACGACGACCCCCUGCUGGGGCCCCGACGUGUCCCAGUCCUGGGAAAAGAGGAGCAGGGAAAGUUGCCCAUUUCCGAGAAGUCCACCUUCCACAUCAACCUGGCCGACAAGAAGGUCCACAUCACAGACAAUGGCCUGAACGUGGACAUCGGAGACACCUUGAUCUACCUGGUCCAGUAGAGUCCAUCGGCCCCUGCAGCGCGCGCAUGUGUAUGCGGGUGUGUGAGUAUGUGUGUGUGGGAGACGGUCAGAAGGAAGCCACUGAAGUACAGCCAGCAGCUGGGUCAAACUCAUAGCCAGCCUCCUGCCCUCAUUCUAAAGUGCAAGUCUAAAUGGUAGCCCUGCCUUUUUUGAGAGAUCUGCAGUCCACGCUCCAGUGCUAACCAGAAUUUUGAGGACCAUGCUGUCUUAAUAAUUUCAAAACCAGUCAGAAAAUAAUCUGAUAUAUUUGGUCAGCUCAUGACAGAAAUGUAUUUUCUGCAUUUUUUUUCUAAAUCCGUCCACUGGUUUGAUGUUAACAGAAGAAAUGACUCA